GCGAGGCAUUUCUAAAUAUCGAUACUGCGGAUACCUACAACGCACAAUUGAACGAGUUCAGCGGAACCUAUACGAACAAGGCGCAGCUAUUGCAACUAUUUUCACUAAUAUAAAGAUCUUCCACAAUCCUCCUUCAACUCGAAAUUCAACAGCACAAUACCUUACGACCAACCUCCACACACAUCUGUCUUCAGUAUAUCAAUACAAGUAAUUGAGACUAUCUUCGAUCUCAUUUGCCCGAUCAAAAUGAAGUUCACAACAAGUUUGGUGGCAGCUGCCACCCUCCUCACCACUGCUCUCGGAGCACCAACCGGAAUCUCGGCUCGCGACGCACAACAAACAUGGACCAUCACCGACUUCACGAUCUCCAACAACACCGACAAUCUAUCUUCAAAAUUCAACUUCAACAUUGUGGACAGCGCAAACUCCUCAACUCCCUGCUACAUCGCAAACGCGUACCCAACCGGCACGUCGAUCGACGCGCGGUGUGCUGCGCCGGGCGACAAUGGACCAACGAGCAACAGCACCAACCCGUACUCAAUCAGCUGGUACUACGACUCGUACAGCGAUCAGGCGAUCAUGGAGGUUUUUACAUACGUGCAGGCCGCUGUGUUCUUGUACCCGCGAGCGAGCACUAUGUUGGAAGGCGUGACAGAAGAUGAUGUUGGGCCCAACACUGCGCGGUGGUUACCGGUUGGCUGAACAAUACCCUAUCAGGAGUGAGAUUCCGCGAUUAGGAUUCGGAGUGGCUGUGGUGUCUUGGCACGACAAUACGUAUGACGAUACUUAUGACACAUUGCAUUAGGCUCGGCGUUGGGUUGUCUUAUUUCCGGCUGCAUUCUAUAGCGUCCCAUAUAUAGAUGAAAAUAUAAAUCGUAAUUCCUGCCUCUCCG